GUGCCGCGGGGCGCCCCGCCCCCCCGCGCAGGUUUGGUCCAAUCCCAACCGAGGCGCCAACACGGAGGGAGUCUGCGAGCGGAGGGAAUGGCGGGGCGGCUGGGGCCUCCGAGCGCGGAGCGGGUGGGAGCCACGGACCCGGCUGAGAAGGCAGGAGGGCAGGCCAAGUCCUCACAGAAAAUUGAAGACUUGAUGGAAAUGAUGAAGAAGUUGCAGAAAGCGGGAAGCCUAGAGCCCAGGGUUGAGGUCCUGAUUAAUCGGAUUAAUGAGGUUCAGCAAGCAAAAAAGAAAGCCAGUGAGGAGCUGGGAGAGGCCCGGACUGUUUGGGAGGCCCUGCAGAAGGAAAUGGACUCACUGAGUGGAGAGGAAGUACGUCUGAAAGAGACCUUGAACAAAAAGCAAGAGACCCUAAGGAUCCUCAGACUCCACUGCCAAGAGAAGGAAAGUGAGGCACAGAGGAAGCAGACCACGCUGCAGGAGUGCAAGGAGCGAAUUUCUGCCCUGAACUCCCAGAUCGAGGACGAGAAGAACAAACAGAGGCAACUGAGGUUGGAUUUUGAGGAACAGCUGGAGGAUCUGAUGGGCCAGCACAAGGACCUCUGGGAGUUCCACAGACCAGAGCAGAUGGCCCAGGAGAUUGGCGCCCUGGACAGCAGCAAGGAGCAAUUGCUCAGGGAAGAGAAGCUCGUGGAAGCAAAGCUGGAGGACGUGAAGCAUCGUCUGUGUUCCCAGUUUGGGGCUGACGGUUGCUCGACCACUGCUGAGGGGCUCUUUCUCCGCAGCCAGGAGGCAGCAGCUGCAGUACAUAUGUUUGAAGAGGAGAACAGGAAGGCCCGGGAGCUCCUAGAGGCUGCUGCCCAGCACCAUGAACAGCUGCAGCAGAAGUGCCAGCAGCUACAGCAAAAGAGGCAGAGCCUCUUGUCCUUUCUCCUCCCCUUCCCCCUCCCCACACUCCUACCCUGCCUCUGUCUGUCCAGGCUUAAGGAAGAGCUGGAAACGCUUGGGGUGCAGAUCCCUGCUCAAGCCCAAAGCAAACAAGAUGAAGGGGCUGGCCCAGGAGAACUUACUCUGACCUCCCACAGGCCAAUCCUAAGCUCCUAGGAGUCAGCAAGGAGAAAGACCCAGGGCUGCCCACCAAGCAAGGCCGUACUAUGCCCUCCUAGACAAGGACUCUCUUUGCCUUGGAGCAUAUUCCAUGAACUUCAGGAAAUAAAGGCACUAUUUCAGUA